AUGCUCUCGAAAUGUGACAGCCGCUCCUUCGCGCAGUUCAAGCCGACGGGGUGCUGUCAGGGACCAUCGAGUGCGAUCCUGCGGAGGCGCGGCCGAGAACUGACCCCCGGACGGAGCGAGAAGCCGCAGCGGCAGCACACCUUUUGGAGCGAGCGAGACAUCGGCGCGCAGGCGGCGCAGAGGCUGCGGAGGCUGGCGGCAGUAUUCGGGGAAGGCUUGAGCCGUCGGACGCCCCAGGGGAUGCGGCUCAGGGCUUUUCAGGAGCUGGCCAUGUACUUCUGUCCCUUUCGCGGCUCCGUUGCAGAGGUCUGGUUCGGGAAGACCGUGGACCCCGUGAGGUGGGACGAGGCCGAGACGUUCACGGUGAACGCGGAGGUCGACUUCUCCCUGGUGCCCCUCGGUGCGCCAGCCGCUCCCGGGGCCCUAACCCUGCGCCCGCGGUUGGCGGGCGAGGCGGUGUCGGCCAGCGCAGGCGCUCGGUUUCAGAAGCCUGCCAUCUGGGAGCAGUGGGGCGGCAGUGUCCAGCGCGGCGAUGCGAAGUCCCUCGUGUUGUUCAGGCUCGACCCAGUGCACUACCACAACGUGCCUGAUGACGACCAGCCCCACAAGACCAAGCGCAUUUGGGUUAAAGCUGGCACCCAGAUCAUCGACCGCGUCUGGGGCGAGCUGCGAAAGCACUUGGGAACCAGAAAGCCCGUCAACACCAAGAUGCUGACUAACAAACUCCGUUCGUUCCAGUGGCUGCACUGGCACAGGGGCGAAGACUUGUGGCUGGCGACAGGGGAAAUGCUGGAGGAAGCGUUCCUGAGGCAGUUCAGUGCCGCGAACAACGGCCUGCCAUCGGUCGACGUGGGCAUGAGCAACCUGGGGAACCGCGUCGGCAUCACCGAUGUGAUGAUGGGCAGAACCGCCAGGGGGCGCGCUAACCAGGCGCAGGCGGCAUGGAAGAGGGGCCAGGCGCAGCCCUCCGGGGAGGUCCACGCGCAGCGACGGUCGGCGGCGGCUUCGACGCUGUCCAUGUCGAGCAACGUGAAGCUGCCAGACUUCAUCAAGGCGGCUCCCAGUGGUAGGUACAAGUCCGUGACGCUGGGGAAAACGGUUGAGGCAAUCGUGGAGAUGAUAGACAACCAGCGGUACGAGGUGGAACUCUCGUUUGUCGAGAGCAUGGGCAUGAGAAAGUUGGUGCCGUUCGCCGCCAUCGCAGGCGAGAACAACCCCAUCCCGGGGAAGUGGCAGCCCCCGCUCUUCGCGGCCGCGGCUCCCCCGGAGGCCGCCGUCGCCGCUGGGCCCGCGGAGGCCACCGCGCGCGAACGCAGUAGGUCGCCGAGGAAGUGA